GCAUAUCUAUAUUUGAAGCUCGUUGUUAUCUCAUCUUCAUUCUCCACUUGCUGAUUAUCUCUCCGCACACAUCUCAAAAGAGAAAAAAAAAAUACUCCUGCGGGCAAUAUGCCUGGAUUGCUGCGGAAGCUGAUCGUCGUCGCGGCCGCUGAUGGACUAACGCUUCACUCCGCGGGCAACGGCUUGCGACAUACUGGAAAUAAUGAACCAUCCUCUAUCCGCAUCGAUUACAAGACUAACAAUGUCUCAUUACUUUCUGGCCCUGCGUCGGACCUUGGCGACACGGGGGAUUCCAGCAUAGAGACCUACGGCCUUGUCGGGCUUCUAUCCGUUGCAUCUUAUUCAUUCCUCAUCUCUAUCACUCAACGUCAACAAGUGGCGCAAAUUCAAGGGAAGCCUAUCUAUACAAUCACCAAUGUUGCCGUAAUCCCCACUUCGUCCCAGGCGGAUGCGAGUCGUGCGAUCUCGCUGGCCAAGGAGCACCUGCUGCAGGGUGAGGAGAGUCAUACUGAGACCGCUUCUGAGGACUCGAGCCCCAUCUCCGACGCAGAGACCGAGGGAGGUGACACCGAAGUCAACACUGCGCCGGCUUCUCCCGAGCAGGAAGUUGUCCAUGCUCGAACACGCAGUGUUGGCACCAUCACCGAAGAUGUCAUCGGGAAGAAGGUACGCUUCGGACGCUUCGCUGCGAAUUGGCUCUCCAGGAAAACACUGGGCUUGCCAGGGCUUGGCACAGUUGACCAGAAAUCCGCCGAAGCGCCCAUGGGAGACGUCAAGGAAAGCACAGCAGAAACUGCCCCAACCAUUGCCAAGGUGAACGAGGACCGCGAGGCAACCCCAGUGCCUCAGAGUGAUGGUGAUCUCUCGUCCAAAAGUCUCGCAGAUCCCUUCGGCUCGGAGCCUACUGUGGAGUUGCUACCAAAGCUACUACGCUACACAGAGAUGGUCUUCUCAUCGCGCAAUUUUUUCUUCGCAUAUGAUUAUGACCUUACCAGGAACCUGAGUGUACAGGAGCCCUCGUUGGCCACCCACCUUCCACUACAUAGAUUGGUUGACGAUAUGUAUUUUUGGAAUAGAAACUUGCUUACGCCCUUCAUCACAGCCGAUGCUCAUGGCUUUGCGCUGCCUCUGAUGCAAGGAUUUGUGGGCCAACGAGAGUUUACGAUUGGAGCAACCCCAAAGGCUUCGUCUUCGAGACCGGACAGAACAGAUGAGCCACAGGUUGACGGUCGGAUUUUGGGCGAGAAACAGGAGGCAGAAACAGUCAAAACUGAUGAGGAGAAGCGUGAUUUCCUCGUCACUUUAGUAUCUCGGCGGUCGGUAAAGCGGCCUGGCUUGCGAUAUCUGCGCCGUGGCGUGGAUGACAACGGGAACACUGCCAAUUUUGUUGAGACAGAGCAAAUUCUGUCUACAUCUGACUGGGAUCCAGCUCGCAAUGUCUACUCGUUCUUGCAAGUCCGCGGAUCGAUCCCACUCUAUUUCUCGCAGUCACCAUAUGCCUUCAAGCCAGUUCCCGUGCUGCAUCACUCUACAGAGACAAACCAGCUCGCCUUUGACAGACACUUCCGGAAUCUGAGUCGAAGAUAUGGCAAAAUUCAAGCGGUUUCUCUGAUAGAUAAGCAAGCUGGUGAACUCAAGCUUGGUGAACAGUAUGAGAAAUUUGCCCGGUCCCUGAACGAAUCAGGCGGCAUCGAUGGCGUGCCCCUCAAGAUGGAGUGGUUUGACUUUCAUAACGAAUGUCGAGGAAUGAAGUUCGAGAAUGUCGGCCGAUUGGUUGACCGUCUUGGAUCUACGUUGGGCGAAUUUGGUGAUACUGUGGUCCAGAACACAAAUGUUCUCCAACGUCAAUCCGGAGUUAUACGCACCAAUUGUAUGGAUUGUCUCGACCGCACGGGGGUCGCGCAGUGUGCCUUCGGUCAAUGGGCUUUGGAGCAGGAGUUGAGGCGAGAAGGAAUAGAUCUUGACUUGGGGCGCGAUUCCUCUACACACUGGUUCAAUACGCUAUGGGCUGACAAUGGCGAUGCUAUCUCGAAGCAGUACUCCUCCACUGCUGCCCUCAAGGGCGAUUACACCCGCACCCGUAAGAGAAAUUACCGAGGAGCCUUGAACGAUUUUGGCCUGACCCUGUCUCGGUACUACAACAAUAUUGUGAACGAUUAUUUCUCACAGGCCUGUAUCGAUUAUCUGCUGGGUAAUGUCUCAAUCCAGGUGUUUCAAGAGUUCGCACUCGAGAUGCAGACUACCGACCCCGGCAUUUCAGUGCAGAAGCUUCGACAGAACGCGAUUGACACGAGCUGUAAAAUCGUGAUCAGUGACCAGUCUGAAGAGUUCCUCGGGGGGUGGACCCUGCUGACUCCCCGACAGCCGAACACACUCCGCAGCAUGCCAUUCGAGGAGGCGGUUCUUCUCCUGACGGACGUUGCCCUGUAUAGCUGCCGUUUCGACUGGAACACGGACAAGGUGUUGUCUUAUGAGCGGAUUGAUCUGUGCUCUGUGACGCGGAUCAAUCACGGAACAUACGUGACCUCUAUCCUGACUGAAGCUCAGAUUGACGAGCGCGGCAAUGUGGGGUUAGUGGUGGAGUAUCGGGAGGGCGACAAGAACGCGCUGAGGGUCAAUACACGGUCUCUGCAGAGCCAGGUGCCUUCGAAAAGUCUAGACAGCAAUGAGCGCCCGAGCAAUGAAUGGAGCAUGUACUCGUGGUUCAAGGGGGCCCCGCACGCGGCCACCCGCCUGAUUGCAUUCAAAGCCCUUCCACAGGUCAUGGGGACCAGCAGCGUCAGCCCUUCGGACUGGGUUCGAAGCAUAUGCGAGGAGAUCGAGCGGGCCGUGAGGGCGGGUGACCGGCAUGGCCCCCCUGAGGAUGGCAAACAGCGAACCCUGAUUGAGUCUUCGGAUAUCAUUUCGUUGGAGGAGGCGAAGAAACGCACGGGGUACUUGGAACAUUUGGUGUACGACAUCAAGAAAAUGGUCUGGGCAUGAUGUUGCAUUUUUUUUUAUUUGUGUUGCUGUCAAACAGGCGGGCGGAUGUGCAUGGAGUAUUGUACUGUGGUUCCUUAGCGUUGAUAGUUGGAAG